GUUCGAUGCCCGCUGCUGCUUCUCAACCUUCUCCUGUGGUUUGUGGGCAUAUCCCUCAUCUGGGCUGCAUUGAGGAUGUUCAUGGAUUCGUGGGACAGGGAAGAGGAGCACGUACUGGAACGCCUGGAUAUCUCGGGAAUGCUGCUAACACAUAUGGAGGUGCUACUCUUCCUAUUCGGGCUUGCGCUGUUCACCAUCAGCUCGUGCGGCUGCGUCGGGGCACUGCGGGAGAACACCUUCCUGCUCAGAGUGUACUCCUUUGCACUUACCAUCCUUAUUGUCGUCAACUUUGUCCUCGGCGUUCUGGUUUACUUCGUGCCGG